CCAAAGUGUUGCUGGCAAGCAUGAUACAGCACAUCAGGAAGGUCUUCAGCUUCUUGAGUAGCAGGAACAGAAGAUGGAAGGAUUGUUGCCAGGUUGGUGAUGAUAAAAGAAUGGAAUAGGACAGACAGUUGCAAUUGGAUUGUCCAGCUAUACUGUUAGGAUUUUUGGCAAAGAAGAGAAGAUACUCUAAAAUACAGGAAUCUGAUUUUCAUUAAGUUUGGGAGAUGCGGUAAAUGAUACAUGGAGCAUCCUAGUUGCUUGCUCUAGGACGUAACACCAGUAUGGAAGCUAAAACCAGUGAAGAUAAUUUGAAAGUCCAGAAAAUUAAGAAGAAGGUAUUGAGGAAGCAGGUCAGAGCUCAGCAUACAUUGAUGAGACAUGAGGGCAUCAAGUGCGUCUCCCAUGCCACACAGAGCCUGGUUAUUGCCAAUGCUGGUCUUGGUAAUGGGAUGAGUAGACAGCAAUUGCUCAGAAUACUAGAAGAAUAUGGAGCAAUGGAAACACUCUUAAUGCCACCAAAUAAACCAUACUCAUUUGUGAAAUACAGAACAACAGAAGAAGCCAAGAAAGCCUUUAAUUCCCUUAAUGGAAAGGAAGUAACAUUGGAAGACUGUGACCAAAACAUUGUUCUAUAUAUUAAUUUUGUGGAAAAAGUUUCCUUGCAAAAGGCUGUUCCUACAAGCUUGCCUCCAGGCUUAAUGGUAAUUGAAAAGAUUAUUUCUCCAGAGGAAGAAAGGAGGAUGUUGGAGAGUAUUGACUGGAAAGGAGAUGAAGAUACUCAGAAUGCCCAGAAGACUUUAAAGCAUAGAAGAGUAAAGCAUUUCGGAUAUGAGUUUCACUAUGAUAACAAUAAUGUUGAUAAAGACAAGCCAUUACCUGGAGGUCUUCCUGAAAUUUGCAACCCAUUCUUGGAGAAGUGCUUAAAGCAGGGAUAUAUCAAACAUAAACCUGAUCAACUGACUGUAAAUCAGUAUGAACCUGGACAAGGAAUUCCCCCUCAUACUGAUACACAUUCUGCUUUUGAAGAUGAAAUAAUCUCUCUCAGUUUGGGAGCUGAGAUUGUGAUGGAUUUCAAACACCCUGAUGGUCAUACAGUGGCAAUUAUGUUGCCCCGAUGCAGUUUAUUGGUGAUGACUGGAGAAUCCAGAUACCUGUGGACACAUGGGAUCACACCCAGAAAAUAUGAUGUUGUUCAAGCAUCAGAACUUGGGCAAAAAGUUAGAACAAUCACUGCUGAUGUUGGAGAUUUAACAUUAAAUCGAAGGGAAACAAGGACAUCAUUUACAUUCAGGAAAGUGAGGAGAAGCCCUUGCAAUUGCAUUUAUCCGUCUGUCUGUGACAGCCAGAAAGGACAGCAGAGACCGGUGCAGCCUUCAUUUCCUCAGAAUGAGAUGGAGGCCUCAAAGCUGGAGCAAGAAUAUGUACACAAGGUGUAUGAAGAGAUUGCCACACACUUCAGCAGUAUCAGGCAUAGCCCAUGGCCCCGAAUUGUAGAGUUUCUCAGGUCCCUGCCAGCAGGGUCAAUAGUGGCUGAUAUUGGUUGUGGUAACGGGAAGUACCUCGGCAUCAAUGAGGAUUUGUACAUGGUUGGCUGUGAUCGCAGCAAAAACCUGGUGGAUAUUUGUGGAGAAAAACAUUUCCAGGCGUUUGUCUGUGAUGCCCUGUCAGUGCCAAUCCGCAGCGGUUCUUGUGACGCCUGCAUCUCUAUUGCUGUAAUCCACCACUUCUCGACAGCAGAGCGGAGACUGGCUACUAUCCGGGAACUAGCUCGGCUUCUAAGACCUGGUGGAACAGCACUCAUUUAUGUCUGGGCAAUGGAACAAGAAUACAAAAACCAGAAGUCUAAAUACCUUAAAGAAAAGAAUGGUAGUAAAAACAAAGAAAAGGAAAUGAAUACUGGCACAGCCCAGAGACCACUUAGUGAGCAAGGGCCUGAUAACAGCAGCCAAGACUCUGCAUGGUCCAACCAACUCCUUAAUGACUUGAAGGAUGAAAGCUGUGAUGCCAAGCCAGUAGCAGACUUCAGACUGCCUGUUCACACUAACAGAACCUCCUUUCACUCUCAAGAUUUGCUGGUUCCCUGGCACCUGAAAGGUGGUACAAAAAAGAAAGAGGAAAGUGUUGAUACAAUGUUGGUUCCAGGUGGCUCCAAAGAAUUGCAAGAACUCAGCCCUGUUUUCCACCGCUAUUACCAUGUGUUCUGUGCAGGGGAACUGGAAGCAGUGUGCAGAUCCCUGGAUUAUGUGAGGGUUCAAAAGAGUUACUAUGAUCAGGGAAACUGGUGUGUGAUUCUAGAAAAGUUGUAGCCUGUGAUGCUUCCUCUAUUAUCUGUAGAGGUUUUUUUUUUGUUUUUUACAGUGAAAGGUAUUUUUAAUGCAGGCUGCAGCUAUUUCCUCUUUUAAAAUAGCAGAAUAAAGAUUGUGCAUUGAGUUAAUAA